AUGCUAUUUGAUACAGCGACGAGGCUUUCAAAAACAAUACUCGCUGGAGUGAUUUCUGUAAUCGUUGCCAAUUUCUUUGCCUUUCUUGGCAUGGUGACGCCAGCGUGGCAGGUGGCUGAUGACACUGAUGUAAACCGAUACGUUCAAAGUGGACUUUGGUUGUAUUGUCAGACCGGAGCUCAAUGUUGGUACAUAUUCAGUGACAACUUGAUCAACUAUUAUGAAAGGGUUGAUGUCUGUCGAUUCCUCUUGAUUGGCGAUUGCCGAAAAAAACUACUCAGAACCCCCUACUUCUUUGGCUGGCAUUAUGCCACCUUGAUCUUAAUUACCGUGGCUCUUGCUUUUGGAGUGCUAGCAAUUGUAGCUGGAGCUUAUGGAUACUUUAAAAAAACAAGACUGAGGAUAACAACGAUUAUCUUUGACUGCUGUGUUUUUAUGGAAUUUAUUUUGAUGGGUAUCGCCAUCGCGGUUUUCUCGAUCAACGCCGAGAUGCUCGAGUCAAAAUACUUGAUUGGAGUCAGGAAUACUUUUGAGAAAGAAUACGGCUACUCGUUCUUUUUGGUCUGUUUCGCGCUGUUCAUCCUUUGUUUCUCUUCUUUGACAGCUAUCCUUUUGACAACUUUCGUCUUCUUUGGACCCGAUGCGAGAAUGAUUACAAGGGAACAGGAAUAUGAAAAAUCUCAAUAUAUGGAACGCCCCGAUCAUUAUCCACAGACGAUGUACACAGCGGAGACUGUAAGAUCCCAGCACUCUCCCUCAUCGAUUCUCAAAACUCCACUCCAAGAGCCUCCCCUUCAACGUUCAGUUACUCCCGUCUCGUUUGCUCCCUCAUCCGUUGGCCAAUUCAUCGCUCCGAGCUACGAUCGGACAGGCGGUUUUCAACCAACUACAAGACAUUAUCUCAGUUAU